CCACCUGGACCCGCGCUCGACAGCUGGGCAGUUUUUGAAACGAGUGCUGCCUUUACGCUCUUGAGUUUAUGUGAACUCCCCCUGAAAAGGAGACACGAUGUUUUGCAGGAAUCAAACAGCCAGAGCUACCGUGGCCCGCGGCUCUGCUCUUGAAAUGGAGAUACGGCGCGGAAAGUUCAGAAAAGAGCCUUUUCUUGGACACAUCACAGGACACCGAUAUCCAGAAGAAGAUUGACCAUGAGAUCCGCAUGCGUGAUGGAGCCUGCAAGUUGCUGGCCGCCUGCUCCCAAAGAGACCAGGCCUUGGAGGCAGCGAAGAGUCUCCAGACGUGCAGCACUCGUAUCAUGGCCUACAUGUCAGAGCUGCAGAGGAUGAAGGAGGCACAGGUCAUGCAGAAGGUCACGCGGAGGUCGUCAGAUGCAGGACCAAUGGAUGACAGACUCCCAUGCAAAGGAAGAGUCGCUAUUUCAGAUCUUCGUAUUCCUUUGAUGUGGAAAGACACGGAGUAUUUCAAGAACAAAGGAGAGCUUCAUCGGUGUGCGGUGUUCUGUCUGCUGCAGCUUGGAGGAGAGAUCUUUGACACAGACAUGGUGAUCGUUGACCGCACACUCACCGAUAUUUGCUUUGACAACACAGUCGUAUUUAAUGAAGCCAGUCCAGGCUUUGAGCUGCGUGUUGAGCUGUACAGCUGCUGCUCGGAGGAUGACUAUUCGGCGGGAAGUACGCCAAGGAAACUAGCCAGCAAGCUGAGCUCCUCGCUUGGUCGAUCGUCUGGAAAGAAGCUCCGGGCAGCCAUGGAGCCGGGACCCUGUAGUCCUGUUAGUAAUGGGGGUGCUGCUCCUCUGCUGCUGCCAGUUCCCUCAGUCCCGGGCCCCAAGUAUCAUCUCUUGGCUCAUACCACCCUAUCGCUGCUGCACAUCCAGGACAGCUUUCGCACACACGAUCUCACCAUCUCAGGCAACGAAGAGUGUUCAUACUGGCUGCCUCUGUAUGGCAGCGUGUGCUGUCGUCUCGCCGCUCAGCCUCACUGCAUGAACCAACAGAUGAUGAGCGGAUGCUUGAAAGUCAAGCAGUUGGGAGGUGACCCACAGAGCUGGACAAAAGUGCACGCUGUUCUGAAAGGAACAAGCCUUUCCUGCUUCCAUCGGCAAGAAGAUGUGAAUGCCAAUGUGGAGCCGGCGUUCACCAUCUCCAUCAACAAGGAUACCAGAAUAAGGGUGUCGGAGAAGGAUCCUGAAAGUAAAGCUCAGAGUGUCUGCAUCAGCAACCAGUACGGAGGUGAGGAGGUCACGCACACGCUGACCACAGAGAGUCGGGACGACACACACCGCUGGAUGGAGGCCUUUUGGCAACAUUUCUAUGACAUGAGUCAAUGGAAGCAGUGCUGUGAUGACUUGAUGAAAAUUGAACUGCCAUCGCCACGGAAACCGGCCCCUGUCACGCCAAAGCAGGGCUCGCUGUAUCACGAAAUGGUUAUUGAGUCAUCUGAUGACCUCAGCAGUACCGUGUCAGACAUUCUGGCUCGGAGGAUGCAGGAGCUGGAGCUCCGCAGCCAGUUGGGCACCUCCCACACCUGGAUGUCUCUAUUAGAGGAGAACAACCCCAAAAGCGCCGGCCUCCCUCAUCCCUGCACCUCGCACCUGUGUGGCCACAGCCCCCACACUCCUCAUCGAAUGUCCCGGAGCCCCAUGAGUCCUCACCGCUGCGCGGUGCCGGGCCUGCUGUCCUCGGACGCUAGUCUGACCUCCGACAGCGACAGCCACUGUGGCACCAGCCCUUGUUCUUGCCACCACGGCUGGGCCGAACCUUCCUCAAACUUCUGUCUCUUGACAUCUUCGCCAUCACGCUUGAGGCCACGUACUCUCUCUUUGGAUGCUAAGCUCAGCACGCUUCGAGGGCGGGGGUACGGAGGUGGAGGAACCUUCCAGUGCCCGUGUCAACCGCCUGCUUCCACGCUGCUCGCCCCACUCCCCAUGUCCUCUCGUUCACCACGGUCACAGCACAGCACGCAAACGACGCUUUCCUGCUCUAGCUCCACCUCCAGCAACAGCUCCAGUAACAGCGAGGGAAGCCACAGCCCCGAGUCAUCCGAGGGAGCCCCCUUCUCGAGGCCCUCCCCGGCCCGGCGCAGCCUCAGAAACCUCAGGGCCAGACUGGACCCUCGCAACUGGCUCCAAAGUCAAGUGUGACUGACGAAAUUGGAUCAAUACCUUGACCUCGGACAGUCUCCA